CAAGCGUUUAUUCUUUACCCCAUUCUCGGUAUCACAAGCAACGAGUAUAGGCUACCUAUAACGCUAAAACGAUAAGUGAAAGUCGCGUGAUCAGCGAGUUCAGGGAGUGAACUUUGUAUGUCAUAGCUCGAUAGCUCCCGGUGGAGCUAUAGAAUUAUUGACGUGACCUCAUUGAUUAAUUGAUCGCGUUUAAUGCGAUGUCGGCAAACGAUCCGCUAGAAUAUAGCUCACGUGAAAUUACGAGCGCGGUUAGUUUUUUUUUUUGGUCUCUCCUUUCUUUUUUCCUCUUCAGUCUAAUUCCGUCGAUUGACCAACCGAGCGUAUCUACUCACCCGGCCCUCGAGGUAUCGGCGAUAAUUGCUUGGCGACCAGCUUAUGAGUCGGACCAAUUCGACCGUUUAGAAGAACCCCGUCGGUCAGAUAACUCUGGCGAACCUCCGUGACGCUGUGACCCACGGGUUCGGGAUUUGGAUACUGUGGACGAAAACGAUCGAAAGAUAAAAUUUGGAAAACGUUAUCGAUGAGAUCGAAUCGGAUCUUCCUGUAAUUUUGUUGGGACGUACGAAAAACAUCUCGAAAUCCUCCUCGAAGGAAUUACGUGGUUGGAUUUUUUUCAACGAGCAUUCUUCAAAGUUACUAAUUCGUAGCUCACAAUGAGGUGUUUUUAUCUUGUAGCGAUAGCAACGAUUAUAACGAAACGUUAUAAUCGCGAUAAGAAAUUUAAUUCCGUUCGUGCGGUACACCAACUCUGUAAAUAUAAAAUACCAAAUCCGAGCGAAUUGAAAUCGGCAGAUUAUACGAGAGAAAAAAAAUAGUUAUUCUCAUCCCCUACUGGCAACAGAUGAGAAGUAAUUUGGCAGAGGGAUUUCAAUUUUUUGGCACGGACUUUUAACAGCUGAUUUAUUUUUUGGUAUUUCAAAAAAUCACGAAGUAACCCUUAAAAUUAACAAGUUGUUUGAUUUUUUUCUCCUCUCGCACACAUGGAAAACGAUUGAAAAAUAAAUCGGUAUCGAAAUAGAAAUCAUGUCGGUGGUGCGAAUCGAAGCGCCUCCGAAAUCGGGUUUCGGAGCAAGAAAGGGAAACGCAGAACCUGCGACGCGGGAACAGUACCUGUUCCUGUUGGAAUUUUUCGUGCACAGUAUUUCGGGCGACAGACUCGCUAAAUUGAAUCAAAUGUUUUUCGUCCCGACGAGCGUCUGCUUCAGAUUUUUAACGUUCAACGACGACGGUAUCGAGGUUACUCCGGUGGAUCCGAUGUUCGAACCGCAAGCCGGUAUCGCCGACGAUAUCGAAUAUUUUUACUCAGGACGUUCCGUGAUGUUCGCCAUAGCCGAGGAGGUCGUUUUGAAUAAAUUGUCCGAAUUUAGCGUAGCGAUGAUCGUCCAAAAGAAGAUGCCGGAUAACAUAAAACCGAACGUUCUGGUAGGCGUCAGCUACAUUGAUAUGAGUCGGCAAUUUUCCGAGAUAAAAUUUCACCUAGAACGAUGCAAGGAGGGCCAGAUACCACCUCCGCAGACAUGCGAGAACGAGUACCCCCUACUUUUUAACGGCGAACAAGUCGGAGAGAUAACGGUUUACGCGAGAUUAUCGGCGUUCGGGCAAACAAUCGUUACGGAAUUCGACGCCCCGUCCGUUCUCGGUGGAGAGAAGCAGCACACCUUUUACUUCAGAGGUGAUGAAAUCGAUGAGAAAACUCUCGCCUACAAGUGCAGAAUCAUCAGUUACAGCAAUAUGGACAUAUGCGGGGAUUCCAGCGACGACGUCACCAAAUCCUGUCCCGUCUGCGCCCCCGAAAGAUAUUCCUGUCUUCCCUGCGGUUUGGAAUUCGGAGCGAUAGCGCGUCCCGUGACCCCCGCCUGCCCUCAUCCGGACGGCCCUUCAAUUUUUGAAAAACCAGCUUCCUAUCCCCCGCCGAUUAUCGGAAGCGGACCGAUUCAGUCGAGUCGAGGAGGUCAGCCCUGCGGGAAGGCCGUUGUCCUCAAGGUUUCGGGACUCCUGGACUGCGGGGACGACAAACAGCCGACUGUCACGGUAGUUCCGGAAUCUCAGGCUACUGGACCGAACAAUCCUCCUGAUUCCGAACACGAUGUGUUCAUAUUGAGGAUCGGAAAGAAGGGACUCGUUUCCGCCGGAGAAAAAUCAGAUCUACAACUGGAAAUGAGGACGCCAAAAGGUCCGGAGAGACGUCCGCCGAUCCGGUACGAAACCAGAGAGAUGCAGACCGAAGCCGACAAGGGAGGAAAAGGGAAGGGAAAAGGCAAGAAAAAGAAGGGGAAAAAAUAGGAGCAGA